UGUCCCGCCCACUCGCCUCAGAAGGGCCAAGCUCAAGGCUUCCUAGAAUAUGCCUGCUAGGCCCCAAUUUUUUUCUUCCUUGAAAUGAGAACUUCAUCGUGUGAUGUCCUUCCGUUUUCUCCUCUUGGAAAUUCCGCGUCAUCUUCGAGCCCUGAGCCCCUUCCCACGGGUUCAGGCACUUAAAAGGCAGCCCCGCAGUCUUGACGUCAAUUUGAGCGCCGACACAUGAAGGACCCUUCUCCCUCCGGCGUCCGCGUUCGUCACUGCCCGCUGCGCCGAGCCCGGCUCGCUGAGGAGGCACGUGCGCUGCUGGAUGGAGCUGGUGGCUGGUUGCUACGAGCAGGUCCUGUUUGGGUUCGCUGUGCACCCGGAGCCCAAGGCGAGCGGCGACCCCGAGCAGAAAUGGACUCCUGUGGCCGACUUCACUCACCACGCCCACACUGCCUCCUUGUCAGCCGUGGCUGUAAAUAGCCGUUUUGUAGUCACUGGGAGCAAAGAUGAAACAAUUCACAUUUAUGACAUGAAGAAGAAAAUAGACCACGGGGCUCUAGUGCAUCACAAUGGCACAAUAACUUGCUUGAAAUUCUAUGGCAACAGGCACUUAAUCAGCGGGGCAGAGGAUGGACUCAUUUGUGUCUGGGAUGCAAAGAAGUGGGAGUGUCUGAAGUCCAUCAAAGCUCACAAAGGACAUGUGACCUCCCUUUCCAUUCACCCAUCUGGCAAGUUGGCCCUGUCUGUGGGAACAGAUAAGACAUUGAGAACAUGGAAUCUUGUGGAAGGAAGAUCAGCGUUCAUAAAAAACAUAAAACAAAAUGCUCACAUAGUAGAGUGGUCCCCAAGAGGAGAGAGAUACGUAGUUGUCAUACUGAACAAAAUAGACGUCUAUCAGCUUGACACUGCAUCUGUUAGUGGCACCAUCACAAAUGGAAAGAGAAUAUCUUCUGUCACGUUCCUUUCAGAGUCUGUCCUUGCCGUGGCUGGAGAUGAAGAAGUUGUAAGGGUUUUUGACUGUGAUUCACUAGUGUGCCUCUCUGAAUUUAAAGCUCAUGAAAACAGGGUAAAAGACCUAUUCAGUUUUGAGACUCCAGAGCAUCAUGUUAUUGUUACAGCAUCGAGUGAUGGUUUCAUCAAAAUGUGGAAGCUUCACGAGGAUAAGAAGGUCUCCCCAUGUUUACUCUGUGAAGUAAACACUAAUGCCAGGUUGACUUGUCUUGGAGUGUGGCUAGACAGAGCGACAGACACGAGAGAAAGCCCGCCUCCAGAUGCAGAGACUCCUCCUGUAAGUAAAGAAGAACCGUCCAAAAGCAACAAAAAGGAAUCUGGUGACGAGGUGCAGGAGGGAGAGCGGCAGUCAAAACCUGGCACGAAGAAAUGUGGUUCAACUGGUGAUGGUGACAAGCCAGCAAAAGGAAACAGCCUGGUGUCAGCCAAGAAGAGGAAAACGGUAGAAAUGUUGGGAAAAAAAGGAAACAGCCUGGUGACAGCCAAGAAAAGGAAAAUGGUAGAAAUGUUGGAAAAAAAGAAGAGAAAAAAGAAGAAAAUGUGAACAAUGCAAAGAAAAAAGGAGAAAAUAUGGACAGUGCAGUGAAUCCCAGACUUCUCCUUAGAGAAGAAUUUUUCAAAAUGUACUUCUUUUUUUCCUAAGUAAAGGCUAAGUAAUUUCUUCUUUUGAAGAAAUAUAUACAGCUUAAAAAUCA